UCCUUUGAUAAGUUUGCUGCAUCAGACUUUCCGCUAAGCUCACAGCGUAAACAAGUUAAAAUCCUAAUCAAAACCAUUCGGAGAUAGCGGACAAUUCUAAUUAACAAAACUGUUCGAGUCAUUCAAGUUAAUUCCUUUCAAUAACUCCCAUCUUCCCCCGAUCCAUAAACGUGACGGUUUUCACUGCUUUCCAUUUUCCGCACAGAUAGACAAGGGACAUAUGUACAUGAGUAUCCUGCCGAGUGCGGAUCAUGCGCAAAUUCAUGUCGCCUUCAUCUCUUCAUCUCGCAAUGCUGCUGCGGAGCAUCCUUGAUUCGAGUCUACUUCCAUCAAAUCGAAUUGAAAGACGUUGACAUAACUAAAUUGCUAUUAAGGUCAUGUUCCGACCCUUUUCCCAUGAAUUGAUAUGUUCAUUGGGAAUCUGUGCCGAUGGACCACUAUCUCUCUUUCUAAUCCGUCUGAUAAUCUCAAUCAAUCCGAACCUGCUUUCAUCCCAGUGAUAGUUUUUUCGGGACUUGAAAUAAAUUUGCCGAGGCUAGAGUGUAUGUGAGUCGAGUUAUUGUUGGAUAACUGCUUCGUAUUGUUUUUGUUAGAAGUAGGAGGAGAGCUGGAUAGCGGGACGUGAAAGUGCAAGUGAGUUUGCAACAGACCUGGGAGUGUGUGGUGUCCUUAAUCUAAAUUAAUUGUUGUAAAACUGUAAAUAGUGCAGAAAUUCAAAUAAACGAAAAUGAGCAAAUUACGUGGCGAGGAGACAUUCCGUCGAGUAACACGCGAGAAACUGGUUGUGCGUGGGAAUACGGCGAUCCGGACAUUGGAUACAACCACAUCAUUUCUACCCAUUUUGGACAGCUCAUCAUCCCCAGCGAAUGGCCUUUCGCAUAUGGCACGUAUGAUGGAUUCCCUAAUCCUUGAUCAAUACCCGCCAUUCACUUUCACAAAAAUCACAGCAACACACCGACCAACACGAUCCAAUGGAAGCCUCAAACGUAAUGGUUCAUCUAUGCCUACAGGCGGACCGUCAUCAUCAUCAAAUAUGUCCGGAAUGGGUGGAACUCUUCGGGUGAACGUACAAAAAGGUCGUAUUCCAACACAAGAAGUUCCUCCGACUCCACGUGCUCCGACGGGAGCGUUUCAAUCACCGCCAUCGACUAGCACAAAUACUAAUAGUAACAACCCCAAUCCAACUGAUAAUCGCUGGAUCUCUUCGCUCAGGAGACGUGACCCGGAAUUACAGCCCACGCUGCCUUCUAUUAACAAUCACUAUAGUUCGACCACUGUAGGCUUGGCUUCUACAUCUGUGGAGAAACGUGGAAGAAGCAGUAAAUUAACUGCAUCCCUGCGAAAGAGUCGAUCCGUAGAAAGAGUACGAGCCCGAAAACUGACCAAUCCAAUAAAACUCAAGGAAAAGCCGAAGAAAAGUUCAUCCGAAGAAGCGGCAAAUUCAGACGAUCAAGAGGCUACUUCCAUCGAGGAGAACUCAACUUCACAUAGCUCACCGAAAAGCUCACCGAACAAUAAAAACAAAAUCUUCUCCCCCUCAGGAUUCGAGCCACAUUUAGUCGAGACAUUAGAGAAGGAUAUCUUGCAACGACAUCCAGGUGUACAAUGGACUGAUGUGGCUGGGCUGAGUGAAGCUAAGGCGAUCCUCCAAGAGGCCGUUGUACUUCCGGUAAUAAUGCCUGAAUUCUUCAAAGGAAUUCGUCGACCAUGGCGAGGAGUAUUAAUGGUUGGGCCACCAGGAACUGGGAAAACAAUGAUGGCGAAAGCUGUGGCGACCGAAUGUGGAACAACGUUCUUUAAUGUAUCGUCGAGCACAUUGACGUCCAAGUAUCGCGGGGAAAGUGAGAAAUUGGUGCGACUACUAUUCGAAAUGGCUCGUUUUUAUGCGCCCAGUACAAUUUUCAUUGAUGAAAUCGAUUCGCUGUGCGCUAGUCGUGGCAGUGACUCAGAACAUGAGGCGAGUAGGAGGUUCAAAGCCGAAUUGCUAAUACAAAUGGAUGGACUUAAUGCUACCGUGCAGGAUGAUAAGAUUAUCAUGGUUUUGGCGGCCACUAAUCACCCUUGGGACAUUGAUGAAGCGUUUCGGCGUCGAUUUGAAAAGAGAAUUUACAUUGGACUUCCGAAUGAGGACACACGGUCAGCCUUACUCAAACUAUGCCUUAAGGACGUCAACUUAUCACCGAGCUUAGACCUGUCCGCAAUCGGUGACCAGCUCAAAGGAUACUCCGGCUUUGAUAUAAGCAAUGUGUGUCGCGAUGCAGCCAUGAUGUCAAUGCGUCGCAAAAUCUGUGGUAUUUCACCAUCGGAAAUCAAGCAGAUACGACGCGAAGAAGUUGAUCUUCCGAUCACAUUGCAAGACUUCCAAGAUGCAAUGGCACGCACCCGGAAAUCCGUUUCGGCUGCCGACAUUGCAAAGUUCGAGAAAUGGAUGGAUGAUUAUGGCUCUUGUUAGAAGUUACGCGUAUGCAACAAAAGUAGAUAUUUAUCUCGACACAAAAGUAAUUUAGGACGUAAUCUGUUAUGCAUCUACGUGAAUAUAAUCCAGGAUAGUCUUUAGAUAUGUAAUUCAGAAAUAUUAGUCUCUCAUAAUAUUUGACAAACAAUUUUUUCCUACAUGGCACAGUUAUAUGGUAAUAUAUUGAAAGAUUUAUACAAACAAGAAACAAUUUCGAUGCCUUUGGAUGUUUUGUUGGACAAAUUUUUG